GCAAUUUCAUUUUCAAUUUCUCUGUUUACACGAAUUCAUUGUAAUGGACCGACUUUUAAGACUUGGCGGUGGUUUAGCUGGUCUCGGACAAGCUCCGCCUCCAACAGAUGGAGCAGUGGUGGAUACUGCGGAGCAAGUCUACAUAUCCUCCUUGGCCCUCUUGAAGAUGCUGAAGCACGGUAGGGCUGGUGUGCCCAUGGAAGUCAUGGGACUGAUGCUGGGAGAGUUUGUCGACGACUACACAGUCAGGGUCAUCGACGUCUUUGCCAUGCCCCAGUCUGGAACGGGCGUCAGUGUAGAAGCAGUGGAUCCUGUAUUUCAAGCCAAAAUGUUGGACAUGUUGAAACAAACAGGAAGUUGUAAUGCUAUGCAUAAUUCUUCCAGUACUUUGGAGCCCCUCAGGAAGAUGGCUUCCCAGGCCCAGGCCUAG